GCUCAUUUUCUUGCAUCCACAAAACCAAAACCAAAACCAAAUUGCUUUGCACUACUAAAAAACUAUCGUCUUGCUUUCCAAGCAAUCACUACCAUGGGGAACUGCUUGGUGCUGCAAGAGAACGUUGUGAAGAUCGUGAAAACCGAUGGGAAAGUUCUUGAAUACAAAACACCCAUCAAAGUGGAAGAGGUUCUGAUACAAUUUUCAGGCCAUGCAGUAUCAGAAUCACUCACAGUGCUGCGGUAUCUUGAGCCACAUACAAAACUUCUUAGAGGGCAGUUAUAUUACCUAGUGCCUCUGCCACCACCAUCACCAAAAACCAACAAGAAGGUGAGGUUUGCGGAACCAGAAGUCCAAGAUGUACAUAAAAGCAACGUGGUUAGGAUUAAGCUGGUUAUUAGUAAGCAAGAGCUGCAGAAUAUGCUGCAGAGUGAAGGGUUUUCGGUCAGUAAGAUGUUGUCUCUAGUUCAUGAGGAUUUGUCUCAAAAGGGUACUGAAUAUUUGUCUCAAAAGAGUGAGGAAGGGUGGAAACCAGCGUUUGAAAGCAUACCUGAAGUAAAGUAGCAAUAAAUUUGAAGUUCCAAUACAGUUUCUGGGUCCCUGCUUAUAAUUUUCCUUUUUUCUAGCUUGCCUUAUACAGUGUAUAACAAGAGAUAUAUAUUAGAGAAAGAUAAACAAACAAACAAAUAAAACUUUAGACUUCACUUUUGGCA